AUUCAUAAACUAACAGUAAUUUCUAUGUUAAUUUAGAUAAAGUUUAUUCUUGAUGCGAGUUUGAAAUUAGAUUCAUUAUAUCUGUUUGAUUGACAAUAUCAAUCUCAAAAUAAAUUAUAUUGUCAAUCAGACAAAAUCUAAAUCCAACUUAAUUAAUUAGCUGUAAUAUAUUUUAUCUUAUUCCGCAUAAUAAAGUAGUAUAAAAUUAAUCUCAAUUUAAUUUUAAAAUCCUUAUCCUAUCCAGCAUAUCAAAAUAUUCCAAAUAUAAAAAACAAAUUAAAGUGCAAAAACAUUUUUUGAGUCAAAAUGUGAUUAAUUGCAGGAUUGCGAGUAUAAAGCAUCAGCACACAGGAGACGAGGACAAGUAGUACUAUAAAUAGGCACACGUCUAAAACGUUCUUGGGAUACUCAAUCGUGUUCAAUCUCCCUUAUCCUGUCCUUUCUUGAAUUUGGGUAUUUGUAUUACAGCCCACCCAAGAUUGGUUCUUUCACUUUGUGUUGAGAAUUUUGCUUUUGGUUUUGAUCUGAUAGAGUGAGUGAGAUAAUGGAGGGUGUAGAUUACUUAGCUGAUGAAAGGAAGAAAGCUGAAUUUGAUGUGGAUGAGAUGAAGAUUAUUUGGGCUGGUUCUCGUCAUCAUUUUCAACUCUCUGAUCGUAUCUCUAAGCUUGUUGCUAAUGAUCCUGGUUUCAGUAAGGAGGGCAGGACCAUGCUUCCUAGGAAAGAGCUAUUCAAGAGCACUCUAAGGAAGGCAGCAUAUGGAUGGAAACGGAUCAUUGAACUUCGUCUUACUGAAGAAGAAGCUACUGUGUUAAGGCGUUACGUAGAUGAGCCUGCUUUCACUGAUCUUCAUUGGGGAAUGUUUAUACCUGCCAUAAAAGGACAGGGCACAGAUGAACAGCAGAAAAAGUGGCUGCCAUUGGCCCAAAAGAUGCAAUUAAUUGGCUGUUAUGCUCAAACUGAACUUGGUCAUGGGUCCAAUGUUCAAGGCCUUGAAACCACUGCCACAUUUGAUCCACAAACAGAUGAAUUUGUCAUUCAUAGUCCAACAUUGACGUCAAGCAAGUGGUGGCCUGGUGGAUUGGGUAAAGUGUCCACCCAUGCUGUUGUGUACGCUCGUCUUAUAACAGAUGGUAAAGAUUAUGGGAUUAAUGGUUUUAUUGUUCAAUUACGGAGCUUGGAGGACCACAAACCUCUUCCAGGCGUUACUGUUGGAGACAUUGGAAUGAAAUUUGGGAAUGGAGCAUACAAUUCCAUGGAUAAUGGAGUACUAAGAUUUGAUCAUGUGCGCAUUCCUAGAGAUCAAAUGUUGAUGAGGGUUUCGCAAGUUACUAAGGAAGGAAAAUAUGUUCAAUCUGAUGUUCCCCGACAACUUCUUUAUGGGACCAUGGUAUAUGUACGGCAAACAAUUGUAGCAGAUGCUUCCCUUGCGAUGUCUCGGGCUGUGUGUAUUGCAACCAGAUACAGUGCCGUUCGUAGACAAUUCGGCUCUCAGAAUGGUGGACAAGAAACUCAGGUGAUUGACUACAAAACUCAGCAAAACAGGCUCUUCCCCUUGUUGGCUUCUGCAUAUGCCUUCAGAUUUGUUGGUGAGUGGCUGAAAUGGUUGUACACGGAUGUUACCCAAAGACUGCAAGCAAAUGAUUUCUCAACAUUGCCGGAGGCGCAUGCAUGUACCGCAGGAUUGAAGUCUUUGACCACCUCUGCCACUGCUGAUGGAAUUGAAGAAUGCCGAAAGUUAUGUGGAGGUCAUGGUUAUCUUUGUAGCAGCGGGCUUCCAGAAUUAUUUGCCGUUUAUGUCCCUGCCUGUACAUACGAAGGAGAUAAUGUCGUGCUACAACUACAGGUUGCAAGGUUUCUUAUGAAGACCGUUUCACAACUGGGCACUGGAACGAAGCCAGUUGGUACCACUUCUUAUAUGGGAAGAAUUGAAUACUUGAUGCAAUGUCGUUCUGAUGUGAAACAAGCUAUGGACUGGAUGAAACCUAGUGCAAUAGUGGAAGCAUAUGAAGCAAGGGCUGCCAGGAUGUCUGUUGCCUGUGCCAAGAGGCUUAGCAAGUUCGAUAAUCAAGAAGAAGGCUUUGCAGAACUAGCAGCUGAUUUAGUUGAAGCAGCAGUUGCUCAUUGUCAAUUAAUUGUAGUCUCCAAGUUUGUUGAGAAGUUGCAACAAGACAUUCCCGGUAAGGGGGUUAAGCAACAGCUGGAGGUGCUUUGUGGCAUCUAUUCCCUCUACCUUCUUCACAAACAUCAAGGAGAUUUUCUUGGGACUGGCUACAUCACCUCAAAGCAGGCGUCACUGGCUAAUGACCAGCUCAGAGCCUUGUAUUCUAAGCUUCGUCCAAAUGCUAUAUCGCUGGUUGAUGCAUUUAACUAUACCGAUCACUACCUUGGUUCAAUUCUUGGACGUUAUGAUGGAAACGUGUAUCCAAAGCUGUACGAGGCUGCAUGGAAGGAUCCUCUCAACGAUUCAGAUGUUGCCGAUGGCUUCCAUGAAUAUGUCAGGCCACUGCUCAAGCAGCAACUACGAACUGCUAGACUGUGAAGCAAGAACUGCAGCAGAUAUACACAAUAGUAUAACUGUUGUAACGUGCUGUGCCAAUAAAUCCGUUAUGACUUAAUAUCUUGUUGAAUAAGGUUCUUGAACUCUUGAAAGGAAACUGUAAUGUAUGAUUUUAGCAUUUUUUCCCUCGCAGAAUUAUGAAAAAGAUUAGAUUAAUUUUUUUUCUUCAAAA